CCCUGCCCGUCCCUGCCCGCCCCCGGCCCCGCACCUGCCCGGCGAGCAGCGGGCACCGCGCGGGGCCGGGCCGCGCCGCGCCGGGCGGGGAUGCUCAGCCCGCGGCGCCAGGAUGCGGGAGGGGAGCGCGGGCGGCCGCGGAGCGGAGAACCGGACGGGAGCCGAGCCCCCGCUGCACCUGUUCCCCGUGCCCGUGCUCACCGGCAUCACCGUCGCCUGCGUCCUGCUCUUCGUCAUCGGGAUCAUCGGCAACCUCAUGACCAUGCUGGUGGUGUCGCGGUUCCGGGACAUGAGGACCACCACCAACUUCUACCUGUCCAGCAUGGCCUUCUCUGACCUGCUCAUCUUCCUCUGCAUGCCCCUGGACCUCUUCCGCCUCUGGCAGUACCGGCCCUGGAACUUCGGGGAUCUCCUCUGCAAGCUCUUCCAGUUCAUCAGCGAGAGCUGCACCUACUCCACCAUCCUCAACAUCACGGCGCUCAGCGUGGAGCGGUACGUGGCCAUCUGCUUUCCCCUGCGAGCUAAAGUCAUCAUCACCAAGGGGAAGGUCAAGCUGGUCAUCCUCUUCCUCUGGGCCGUCUCCUUCAUCAGCGCCGGCCCCAUCUUCAUCCUGGUGGGGGUCGAGCACGAGAACGGCACGAACCCGCUGAGCACCAACGAGUGCCGCGCCACCGAGUACGCCAUCCGCUCGGGGCUGCUCACCAUCAUGGUCUGGACCUCCAGCAUCUUCUUCUUCCUGCCCGUGUUUUGCCUGACCGUGCUGUACAGCCUCAUCGGGAGGAAGCUCUGGAGGAGGAAGAGAAAGAACAUCGGUCCAAACACUGCCAUCAGGGAUAAGAACAACAAGCAAACUGUGAAAAUGUUAGUCGUGGUGGUAUUUGCGUUCAUACUCUGCUGGUUGCCUUUUCACGUAGGACGCUACCUGUUCUCCAAAUCCUUCGAAGCUGGAUCCGUGGAGAUAGCAGUGAUCAGCCAGUACUGCAACCUGGUGUCCUUUGUGCUCUUCUACCUUAGCGCAGCCAUCAACCCCAUCCUGUACAACAUCCUGUCGAGGAAGUACCGCGCGGCCGCCUGCCGCCUGCUGGGGCUGCGGCCGCUGCCCAGGAACGGCCUGGCCAGCAGCAAGCAGGGCAGCUCCCGGGGCUGGACAGAGCCCAGCCUGGCCACAUGACAGCACAGACCCCUGAGCCCCCCACGGGAGGAGAGCAGGGCCAGGAGAACCCCAGCGCUGGAGCGAGCGGCACUUGGGGCAUCACCCGCCACAGGUCUGGGGGAAAACACCCAAAGUUUGGGACUCUGAGAGGAGAGACGUGGUCACGGAAUUGGGCAACGCUCCAGGUGUUGUUUUUGUGCUGCUUUUGCCCCUUUGAUUUUUUAAUGCUGACUUUAGCCCUGACCAGGCAAACGUGGCCCACCCCACUCCAGAGUUUGUACGACUUCAGCAGCGCCAAUUCCAGCUGAAUUUCUCCAGAGUUAGCUUUAGUUUUGCUAAGAAUUUUGCUAGCAUCUAACCAGACCCUAGAGAGAGAAUACUGAAUUGCCUUUUCAGAGUAGUAAACAGGAAAUUUGAUACACUUUUCAUAAAAUCAAUUUUUAAGUAAGCUCAUGUUUUUCUCUGAAUGAGGAAAAUUAUUUCUUAAAAAAAGAAAAAAAAAAGAGAUAUAAAAUGGAUAAUUUUUAAACAUGAUAAAAGUAAAUAACCUUCAUGUCACAUCCAAGUAGAAAGGAAAGAAAAAAAUGCCUUCACAGAAGUGGCUUAGAACGUGACUGUACUGAAAUAUUUUUUUAAAAUAUAUAUCAGUGGGACAAGGAUAAUGCUGACUUCAGGCCUGCAGUGAUGCUAUAAAAAUGUGGAAUGCAAUCACCCACCAAAGUCUUUUUUUUUACUAGCUAAAUCAUUGUACUUGUUCUGUCCAGUUUGACUGUGAAUGACUUGAUGUGUUUGAACUUGGAAGCUUUUAAUUGUUUCAAUAUUUGUAACGAGUCUGUGGCUACCUGUCCCUCACUGCCCCAUUGCACCCUAAAGCUUGCUGAGGACAGGUUUCCUGCCUGUAAACCCCUCACAUUUCUGUUUAAAGUCUGUUCCCAGUGCCACAUCCCCCUGUAAAGCCUGGUGUGCAUUUGUGCUUGUUUGCUGCAGUGGCAAAUUGAGAAUAUUUUGCAUUUUUUAACCACCAUGACCUGAGAAGGUAAUAGAAAAAUCUGCAUUAAAGGACACAGGCAGGCACAUUCUCAUACUUGAUUCAUAAACCCCUUAAAUUAGAUUUUUAUACCUCAAGUGUGCCAUUUCAAGGCAAACCAGAAAAUGUUCCAUCCUCUGUGCUAAUGAGUAUUGGCUUAUAUUGUCUUGCCAACAUGUGGGUUUUGUGCCCCACAGAGCUGAGAGAGCUUUGGAGCAUGCAUGUGUGCUGCAGCUUUCUGUUCACUUGGUUCUAGUGUUCAUCCCCAGCUGGUCCAGAGCCCUUUCUCCCUGGUGGAUUUUAAUCUCCCUAGUGAAUUGUGUGUUAGCAGAACUCUCCUGCCUCCAGCCCCCCGCUCACACCGAUGGGCCACGUCCCCCUGUUACACCUCCAGCUGCUCAGGUUGAACUCACAAGAGAAACUGGCCUCUUCUGUAUAUUCAGUGCCAUUUCUAUCACCUUUGCUGGUGCCAGGGGCUGGUUGCUGCUCCUUGGUGGCACCUGAGCCUGUCCCCUCCCCUCUCCAGAGUGCAGGGUUUGUGUGCAAACACCCACACCGAGGCACUGCAGGAUCCCUCCUGCUCCACCUCCACCCACAUCACCUGUCCACGCUGUUCUCUCUCUCACUGGCUGACAAGCAGGUCUGGUGGCAGAAUUCAUGCAACUCAGGGAAACAAGACAUUUGGGAACCACAGAAAGGGUGCAGAUGUGAGCUCAGUAACAACCUGUCUGUACAAACACCCGGCGUCACAUCGGUGUUUCAAUCUCAGCUGUGUCUGUGCUGUUAAAUGUGAACAGAAAAAGAAAUAAAGUGAUGAGACCCUUU